CGACUCUUUACGACGCUGUCGCCGUUUUGCGGCAGUGCCCACAGUUCUCCAGCCCCCCGCUUCGAGAUGGCUUCGUCGUUCUGGAAAGGUGUUGUCGGCUUGGGGCUUUUUGCCCUGGCCCACGCGGCUUUCUCGGCGGCACAGCAUCGAUCAUACAUGCGGCUCACAGAGAAGGAGCACGAGACGCUACCGAUUGACAUUGUCCUGCAGACCUUGCUGUCGUUCGUGAUGACCUGCUACGGGAUCGUCCACAUUGCCGGGGAGUUCAAGGACAUGGACGCUUCCUCCGAGCUGAAAAACAAAACCUUCGACACACUGAGGAACCACCCGUCGUUCUACCUCUUCAACCAUCGAGGUCGGGUUCUGUUCCGCACGCCGGAGGAGGAGAGCACCUCCGCCCGCAACCCGCAGGCUCUCCCCAACCCCAUCAGGCUACGCAAGCUGGAGCAUUUGCACUGAGCCGGGCCUCUCCUCUGCCUCUGACCCUUUUCGCUGCCCCGAUGAGUUGUUCUUUUUUUUUUUGUUUUUGGGGCGUGGGAAAGGGUCUGAGAACUUCACUUCUUCCACUUAAGUUUUAUUUAUUAAUAAACUAAUAUGCUGCCCUAAUUGGCAUCUCUGUCCAUGGAGUGGUUUCCACCCUAAUCAACACUGACUGUGCCAACCCUUUCUGUUUUCCUUACAGAUUUGUUUGUAUAUAUGGUAUAAAUUAAUAGCUUUAGAGUCUUAAAAUACUCCAGUUUCCUCUUUUGACCUACAUGAGAAUAGCACUGUCCUUCAUAGACCUUUUACAUUUUUGUUUCUACGGCGCUUUGCUACUGUUGAAUUUUUACCCUCUCAGCCCAGCCUACAUGUCGUUUGUAAUCCUUAAAUGAGAUUAUAAUUAAAAAAAAGGAGAGAGAGCCCGUUUUUCUCUUAAUGGUUUCCUGCAGGCUCUUUGUAUGCCUUUUUUGAGAGGAAACUUGUUUGAGAGGUGAGAGCAGGAAGCGUUGCAGUCCUAACAAUACUGUGAACAUGGAAGUGAAAUUCAAAUCCCGUUCAUUCAGCUGAGUUUUGUUUUCCAUUAUGUUAAGAUCCUCCGGACUGUUUUUAUUUUAAUAAAGUUCAUACUGGUUUUACAAAGUG